AUGUCACUUCUUGACAGCCUCCGAAGAAAGCUAAACAGUCCUGAUGAGAGAGCAAAGCAUUUCAACACAGCCGCCACUGUCGCCACCCCGCCAGGCCUCCCUCCCCCACUUGACCUCCAUGACGUGACGCAGCAGCCGCAGAGGCGACGCGUCGUGAGGGGCGAUGUGUCCAGGACGUGGUGUGUUUGCACUGCACGCACGCGCGCCAUUCAUAAUCGGCGGAUGUGCACGUGCUGUUCUGCGUGGGUUUCCCCGGCCGGAAGAGCCUCGCGGGUGGGUGGGAGCAGCGUGGCGCAAGGUGAAAGGCGGUGGGAUGCCUAUGGGUGGCAGGCGCCAGUGACGAGCGGCAACCCUGCCAAAGGACCCCAUAAAACACAGCGGGCAGGGCCAUCCUGCACCCGACUCUCCGUACCUCCUGUUCCUCGCGUGUCAGUCCAGCUCCCUUCUGCCAGGAUGAAGACUCUGAUGGUGGUGGUGGUGGUGGUGGCAGCGGCUGCCUUCACGCUGGGUACCUCUGUGCCCCCGAAGCCAGAGACUGUGGCGUGUGAGGUGCAGCCUGAGAGCGCCGAGGCAGGCUGGCUGCACAAUUGCCACUGGUGCACGUGUGAGGACGGCUUCUCGGUCUGCAAGCUGCAAGCCGCCUGCGUCAACGGCGAGGGACAACUUCCUGAGUGCUCCGGAAAACUGUGGUGGAUGAAGGACUGCAACAAGUGUGUCUGCAGCUCAACCGGUCUGGCUCUGUGUAACAGGAAGGCAUGUCUUACACGGCAAUGAACACACACACACACAUGCACACACGCUGGUAACAUCCUUGAUUGUCACUUGGAAGGUUGAUAUUUGUACCACGGUCACGUCUUAGGAUUUUCCACUGCGUCACACACACACUCACACACACACACACACACACACACACUUUUUCAACGGUAACAUCCUCGACCGUCAAGUGGAAGGCUGUUUGGAAGGUGCUCGCCUUCCGUGUUCUCCAGUGACUAGCCAGCAGUAGCCCAGAGACAGGACGAUGUAAUAAUUCGUCAGGAUGGUCCAGCUUAAGAAUCUUAGAACCGUAUUCUGAAACACUUAGGCGCCUUAUCGCUGCUACGUUGAAUAGGCUCCAGCGGGUGUUAUAAGGGUUUUCAAGGGUGUUUUAGUGAUUCCAGGGAUAGAUUAAGAAGGAUUGCAUACUAUUCCUAGAAAAGGCACCAAUAAAAACCUGACUUAUCACCUCUUCGGCCCUUGAAAAUCGUGGUGAUGAGGGAACAGUGUUUGAGAAUAUGAGCCGCAAGACACGAGGUGAAUAACACGCACAUUUGAAUAGAUUACUAAUGUUUGGAGACUUUAAUAAUAGACUGGACUGUUUUUAGCAUUCCCAAAGCAUCAUGAAAAAUUUUGUUAGUCUAAUACAGCACGAACAUCAUGUCUGUUUUAAUUUUAUUUCUGUAAUGAUAAUAAAUUUUGACACAUGCA